AUGGAUGGCUAUCGAAUGGUAUUUACAGUAGAAUCAUCGGGUAAAGUGGAACAAUUGAAAAUUAAAAUUGAAAAUAUACUCGGUGCCACUCAUGAUAAACAACGCUUGAUAUUUCAUGGUCAUCUGCUCAAAGACGAAAGAUUACUAAGUGAUUACGACAUUACUGAUGAAAGUGAAGUAACUUUAAUCCUGAGUAAAUCAGAUGGUG